GACAUGAUCUUGAAUCCCAAGCUUACGACCACUGAAUGGGUUUGCGAAUGGAUAAAAAGGCCUAAGCGGUGGAGAAUCGUUGAAGCGAAAGGGGUUGAAUUGAGCUAAGGCCUUAUAAAUACACCAUUUCUGAGUGUCACCCGUCGCUAACUCAACCAGCGCCGGCGUUCAAGUACUCUACUACCUAGCUAGCUAACAAAAAACAGAACAAAAAACAGAACAGAGGGUAUCAAUGGCUUCCAUUGUCUCCUCCGCCGCCGCUGUCGCCUCCGUGAACAGGGCUUCCCCUGCUCAAGCUAGCAUGGUAGCACCCUACACUGGGCUGAAAUCCACCGCUGGCUUCCCUGUCACCCGCAAGAACAACGACAUCACCACUCUUGCUAGCAAUGGUAGCAGAGUUCGGUGCAUGAAGGUGUGGCCACCACUUGGAUUGAAGAAGUUCGAGACUCUGUCUUACCUGCCUGAUCUUACCGGUGAACAAUUGUUGAAGGAAAUUGCAUACCUUCUCCGCUCUGGCUGGGUUCCCUGCAUCGAGUUCGAGUUGGAGAAGGGAUUUGUGUACCGUGAGAACCACAGGUCACCGGGAUACUACGACGGACGAUACUGGACCAUGUGGAAGCUGCCCAUGUUCGGGUGCACAGACCCAGCUCAGGUGGCGGCUGAGAUCGAGGAGGCCAAGAAGGAGUACCCCAACGCAUUCAUCAGGGUCAUUGGGUUUGACAAUGUCCGCCAAGUGCAGUGCAUCAGUUUCAUUGUCUACAAGCCUGCAUCCUACUAAGUUUCUUCAUUCCCGCCCAUCGCCGCCUUCACUUGGGUUUCAACAAAUUUAUUUCCUUUUUAAACCUUAAUUUUCUCUUUACAUUUUGUUGUGUUCAUCAUCAAGCUAUGUUUAUUUCCCCGACUUUCCAACUCGAUUCGGAAUAAAUGAUGCUUUGAUUUGUUGUUAA